AAUGUAUAUUAAUAACAUCAACAAUUCUGUAAUUCAUUGUAAAAACAUGUAAACAUGUAAGAGAAAGAUAUAAAGGAGAAAAACUGAAAUGGAUCCUGAAGAAGACGGAAGUAACGAGACUUCCGGUCUUUUAAAUAGUUCUAAAGAGGAAAUUUUAAACGAAGCUGAUCUGUAUGAAAAAACAGUCUCUUCUUGUGGUUUUGGAAAAUUUCAAGUUUUUCUUUUGUUAAUUUGUGGAUGGGCAUUGGCAUCAGAUUCUGUAGAAAUUCAGGUGGUUUCAUUUGUUCUUCCAUCAGCAUGUGAUUUACACAUGACUUCCUCUGAAAAGGGAUGGUUAAACGCAAUCAUAUUUGUUGGUAUGAUCUGUGGUGGAUAUACAUUUGGUGGUGUUGCUGAUAUAAAGGGAAGAAGAUUUGUAUUGCUGUGGUCCAUGACUAUUAAUGGGAUAUUUGGAUUGGCAUCUGCUUUUUCACCCUAUUUCAUAUUGUUUCUCUUUUUGAGAUUUUUAAGUGGUAUUGGUGUUGGCGGUGCAAUGCCCGUGCUUUUCUCCUAUUUUGUGGAGUUUAUGCCAAAAGCACGUCGUGGUCCCAUGAUUGGUUUUAUGGCUAGUUUUUGGAUGUUUGGCAAUAUCUUGACAUCACUGGUAGCCUGGCUGAUCAUUCCACAUAUUGAAAUUGGUGGAUAUAUUUUAGAUUUGUGGUUUGGCAGUUGGCGAAUAUUUGUGGCUCUUGGAGCUUUCCCAAGUUUGUCUGCAGCUAUGCUUUUAAUUAUUUUGCCUGAAAGUCCAAAAUAUCUACAGAAGGUUGGUAAAGAUGCAGAAGCGACUGAUGUGUUUACAAGAAUGUUUCAUGCUAAUAAUGGUUGUGAUAAGCCAGUACCAAUAGAAAUCAAAGAGUUUUCAGAAGCCUACUAUAAGUCAUUAUCAGUGAAUGCAGAAGAAGAUGAUGAUGAUACAUAUGUGGCAGAUCCUGAAUCAUGCAUUUGUAGCAAUUUCUUGGGUAGCUGUGUUCAUACUUUGGCGCAAGUUUUCAAUUCUACCAAACAGCUAUUUAAACCUCCAUUAUUGUUGCCAACUGUGAUUUUGCUUUUUGUUUGGUUUACGCUCUCCUUCGGGUAUUACGGAUUGUGGAUGUGGUUUCCCGAAAUUUUCAAACGCAUCCAACAUGGCGGCUCAUCCUGCGGCGGUGGUGUUUCCGUCAACUACACAGUACCCAAUAUGACGUGUUUACAAACCGUCGCUUCAGAGAGUGAGACAUACGUUGAGUCUUUCUUCGUUGCUUUGGCCAACCUGCCAGGAAAUAUCUUCGUCAUUAUUGCUAUUAACAAAGUCGGGAGAAGAGCUAUAUUAGCUGUUGCCAUGGUUUUGUCUGGUGUGACUGUGUUUUUCUUUUGGCUGGUGACAAAUCGAUUGGAGAUGAUAAUAAUGUCGUGUAUAUUCUCUGGCAUCUCUGUCGCUGGUUGGAACGCUCUUGAUGCUUUGGCUCUAGAGAACUAUCCAACUCAUUUAAGAUCGACAGCAUUUGGUCUACAAGCAACCGUUGGACGCGUAGCUGCAAUUCUUGGUAACGUCGUGUUUGGUCAGCUUGUGGAUAUACAUUGUUCUGUGCCGCUUUUACUUGUCGCGUCGCUGUUGGGUGCGGGUGGAUUGUUAGCGUUUAAACUACCAAGAACAGACAAGUCAUCAUUAGAUUAGGAAUGGUGCUAAAGGAAGGGGGAAGGGAGUGUGACAGUGACUUUUGCAAAAACGUUUAAUGUUUAUCUUCCUAUGGUGACUAUAGC